ACAAUGUGAAAAUAAUGGAAGCCCCCCCCCCUCCCAUCCGCCCCCUGAUGGGCUGGGACCAAACUGAUUUGCGGGUUUCUUACUUAUACUUACUGGGUGGGUAGGUAUUGUAAAAAAAUUUGAGCGAAAUCGAAAGACAUUACUUUUAAAAUCGCAUUUUUUUGGUCGAAUUGACAUGGAAUGACCCAUCAGCAGGAUUCGGCAACUUUUUUUUAUCGACUUAGGUAACAAGAACCCAACUCUGUUCGCGGUUUUAUUAAGGAAUUCAUUCAGGGCCAGAAGGCAAAUGAACUUGAUUAAAGAUACAGAGUGCGCCAAUUCUACGAAGAUGACGAAAAUUCUUCUCUCAGCCCUGGGAAGAAAGAUACAAUUACUCGCAAAAAAAAAACAGAAGCGGUAUCUAUCCAACAGCUUAAAAUAUUUGCACCGAAAAUUUUGCGAGAAAAGUGAAUUUGUUUUAAGCUAUGGUUUGUUCUGUAGAUUGAGACCCUUCUGGGUAUUAAUACCAAAAUUUACCGAUCGCGAUACAUGUAGGUAUAUGUGUAUCAAACAUGAAAAUAUGCGCUUAAUUACUGAAUCCCUGAAAAGACUGGAAAUUGUAGCUUGCAAGAAUCCUGACGAGUUGAUUAAACGAGAAAUUUAUUGUGAAGACUGAAGAGCCAGUCCCAGAAGUGUUAUUUACGUAGGUACGUGUGACUUAUGUGCAGGCAACCAAAUCAAUUUUAAUCUCAGUGCCGUUUCGACGAAUGAAACGUCAUAUUACGAAUCAUGGGAGGUAUCUAUGGAUGACGGAGUAAAACGUACAGUAAAGAAGAAAAAAUCACUGCCGAUACUUGAAAUGGUCAACCGAUGCAAACAGAGCGGCUGAAAACCCCUGAGGUGAUUUGAGAAAACCUGAGCAAAUCAGCGGAGAUUCAUACCAAGGAACAGUGGGACGACUCCAUUCCCGAAGAUGAAAUUCCCUCUCACCGCAUACAAACAGACUACUAUUCAGUCCAUUUUGAAACGAUUCAAGAAGUCGCAAUGGCGAACCUCGCAGUCCUGAGAUCAAUACAAGAAAAGUUGGAUGGUAAAAUGCUAGCAGACAAGUUGGACACCGGUGUAGUAGUUUUAACCUACCCCGAACGAGCCCUGAUUACGCAAGAGCUGAUUGUGUUGGACAUGGAGAUCGUAGCAGUUUCCCGAGUCAGUCAAGAAUUGCAAGGCAUGGAGGAAUGCCUGGGGUCUCCUGACGCGCCAGUAUCAUCCUCAAAUGAUGACGUUCCGGAGCCAACAGGGCCUGACCCCGCCCAAGGGGAAGAGGCUAUGGAGAUUGAGGCUCCAGAAGUAGGACAAAAUUUAGAGCCCCUGGCUGGGGUUGAAGCGGUGGCAGAAGGUGGAGUAGAGGAGCCUGUAGCUGGUCCCUCUCAGCCGGCUGUGGAAGAUGAUCGAAUUGGAGAAACAAGGAUGGUUGGAGGGGAACAAAAAAUAACCCACAAAGGCACGAAUACUGGGAUCCGAAGGGGACGUUGCGCUGCAUGUCCUGUACUGUUCUCCCUAUUCUGCUGUCCUGAAAUCAAAGCGGAAAGUGGGUUGGCACGCAGUGUGCCCUUUGCCGUCGCGCCACUUUUGUAAACGUGCACUAUUGGGCAAUGAGACAUGAGAAUUGACUUCGAAGAUGUUCUUCAAAAGGUACCUAAAUGAAAAUAUGGAAGUUCACGAAUCAAAAGUGAACUUCCAUUUUAAAUUUCGGCAGCUAUUUCCACAUACAUUAUGUAGGCUAUGUAAAUUUGAGAGAGUAUUUUGUUAAGUUCAAGCCGCCGGUGGCUGAAGGUCAGCUGUUUAUCCCUAGCCACCGUGCCACCGAUGAGCAAUCAUUUGUAUUUUUUUGUAAAAAAAAAAAAAUGUUGUAUUUUUGUAUGUAUUUUUUUGUAUUUUGUCUUUCUUGUACUUAUAUAUUUUUCUGACUUU